CGGGUUGGAAAGCCCGAGAGCGGAAGAGCGAGCAAAAAGCGACGUGUGCGGUGGCAGAGACCCCCCAACGCCGACCGAACCCGCAAAGAGACCUCUGCCCCGCCCUGCCGACAGCCCCCCGCACUCUGGAGCGGCCGCUCGGGAAAGACGAGGGAUCGGCGGGAGCCGCGAGGGAAAGCUGAGGGGAGGGAGACGCAGGAGGAACGACGCGAGACCCCGCACGCUGAAGCCUGGGGGCUGUGCCAGGAAAGAAGUGAAGCCGGGGUCUCGCGAACUGGCAGAGAGGAGGAGGGUGGCGGGAGGGUUAAGGGAUACCCACACUCGCCUGUGGGAAAAACUGAGGAGGUUUCUGAAUCCUGAGGAGAGGAGAAAGAUUUCCACAGAGGAGACGUGGGUAGGGAACCUUAGCCCCGUAUCCGAGAGAGGAAUCGGAGCGCUCCGAGCGAGGGGGCUUGAGUAGGAACCUGUAGAUAAAAGCCUGUCGGCGAGAAGCUAAGGGAAUUGCAAAAGGAACUAAAGAACAGACGAUCCUUCAAAUAGGACAGGAAAACUGUAGAGAAGUUCCCCGAGGCACCUUGCAGUUUGCCUGCUCCCCACUUCAAACUCCUCUCCCUUCCCCCCGAAAGUUAAAGAGAAAGGCAAAAUUGUUGCUUCUCUGUUCCUACUCAAUAAAUAUUACUUUUACCCUCGAAGGGGAAAACAGAAAAGAACUCAUAUCCUUCUCAAUUUUCGGGCUUAGAAAAGCUCGAGGCCUCACAAUUUGCUUUUUAGCCUGGGAGAAUCAAACUAGGGAGGGUAUUGCUCCAAAAUCCCACACCUCAUCCUUCCGAGACGCCAUGUCUACCAGCAGCUGUAGUUUCAAGGACCGGCGCGUGUCCAUCCUGUGUUGCAAAUUCUGUAAACAAGUGCUCAGCUCUAGGGGAAUGAAGGCUGUUUUGCUGGCUGACACUGAAAUAGACCUUUUCUCUACAGACAUCCCUCCUACCAAUGCAGUGGACUUCAUUGGAAGAUGCUAUUUCACUGAAAUCUGCAAAUGUAAACUGAAGGACAUCGCAUGUUUAAAAUGUGGGAACAUUGUAGGUUAUCACGUGAUUGUUCCAUGUUGUUCCUGCCUUCUUUCCUGCAACAACGGACACUUCUGGAUGUUUCACAGCCAGGCAGUUUAUGGUAUUAACAGACUAGACUCUACUGGUGUAAAUUUCCUACUUUGGGGCAACUUGCCAGAGGUAGAAGAGAAUACAGAUGAAGACGUGUUAGAUAUCUCAGCGGAGGAGUGUAUUAGAUGACUACAAUUAUGAUAUAUUCAAUAUGUAAUAUUAUAACUUUUUCUUUUGUAAAAAAUAUAUUAAUGGACCAAUUUAAAAAUUGUUAGUAAGGAUUUGUCAAUGAUUUCUUUUUUCAGAAGACAAAAAUGGAGCAUUUGUUGAUUUAUUUAUUUGUUGUCUCAAAUUAAUUACCUGAGUUUAUUGAACCAAUGUAGUUCUUUUCUUCUACAUUUGCUUCUACUUCUACCCUUUGUCUCUCCACCCCUCUUCCCAGUAUAGAUGUAUUCUUAAAUUCAAGUAGAAGAAUCUUUUACAUGUUGUUCCGCUAUCUUCCAAUCUGGGCGAGUUUUUCUUACAGUUAGAUGUCAGAUGCCAUUAAUUUUACAUUCCUGAAUAAGGGACAUUAAAUACCCACACGUUUACCACCAUGCUUAUAUCCAUGCAUAGUCCAUGCAUAUAAGCAUGUAUAUAUAUUUGAAGCACAGCUGGGAAGUAAAGCUUAGCAGAGAAUUUUUAAAAAUAAAAAUUUGGUUUCCAUGGGUACUGGUUAUCACGUGUUAUAUUGGCGAUAACUAUGUUAAUAUGGAGCAAGACUGUGAAUCAGCAGAUAAAACUCUAAAAUGUAUGGAGAAAUCCUCUCGAUUCCUCAGCAUGAUGCUGGAUAAAUGAAUUUGUCAGAUGAUUUUCAAUAUGUACUGUUCACUAAUAUUAUUUAUUUACAUUCUUAUAAAGUCAUGUGGAUAUUGUAUUGUGAAAGCCUUUUAACCUCCAUCUUUAAGUUAUCCCAUUCUCUAGAGCUUUCUCUGUAAAUAGAAAAUUUUAGAUUAGUUGUCUCAGUCCCAACACUUAAUUAGAAAACAAAAUUAAAGAAGUGGUUUGCUGAAGCCAUUGUACAUUAUAAAGGUUUUUUAAAUUUUGUUUUGUUUAACUGUAUUCAGAGGCACACAGGAAUAGGAAAAUGGGAUAGUGCUGGUAUCUUGUUUUAUGAACUGCUAAAAUCAGUCUGUCACCUUAACUUAUAUUUCAACCAAAGGCAUUUUGUCAGUAGUAAUACCGAAACAGACCAAGUUAUGAUUUUGUAAAUAAAGUUUUGUUCUAAAAACGUC